AUGGCGCAAUACGCGGCGCGUGACGCAGACGCGCAGCGCAGGGCCCGCCAGAUGCACACAGGCGACCUGCUUCUCGGCAAUCCGGCCCUACUGUCGCGCGUGGUCGCACGCACGUCGGACCUCGCGACGGGCCAGGACCUCGCCGAGCUCGCGCUGAUGUCGCGCGGGGCCUGCCAAGCCGUGCUCGCGUCCACGGGGCCCCGGCCGGACAACAUGCCCGCGCAGCUGAGCGGCAAGCUCCUUCGCGCCGUCUGGUACGUCCCUCUCACGGACGCGCACUGCCCAGACGCGAGCCCGCGUCUGCCGGCCAACGCCCAGCUGCGAGCUCACCUCAACUUCCGGAGCACGCUUCCGGAAGGGCCUUGCCGCAACCCGUGGGUCCUUCAACACCUCACUAAGCUCCAUCUCAGCGCGGCGCCCGAGGUGGCAGCUGCGCCCGAGGCAGCGGCAGCCGAGGAGCAGCGCGCGAGACCACCCGACGCCCUCCUGUCCCGGCUGGAGCGCGAGGGAUGGCACGCGCAGCGCUUGACGGACCUGCACUUGUGGGGCUGGUGCCCCUGGCUCAACGACCGCAUCGCGCCGGUCGCGGCCGGGCUCCGGGAGCUGUGUCUGUCGGGCCCGAGCAGCCCGGCGCCACACGUCAGUGCGCCCGGGACGUCGGGGCUGACGGCGGCGCGGCUGGUCGCGCUCCUGCGCGGCUGCAAGGACAGCCUACGGCACCUGGACUUCGGCUACGCGAUGCUGCCCGCAGACGGCGAGCUGUUCACGCAGGCGCUGACAGAAGUUAGAGGGCUGGAGACCCUGAAGCUGCGCGUGGCGUGGAGCUGGGUGCCCAAGUCCUUCGUCGAGCGCCUCGCCACGGCCGUUCCGGGCCUGUCGUGCCUGUCAGUCUCCACAGAGUUUGCCGAAGCUCUUCUGCCGUCGACGUGUCUGUCCGACCUGCCGCUCCUGAAGUCGCUGCGCACGCUUCGCCUGAAGCACGUCCUCCAGGGGCGCGUCGCCCCGCUGCCGCCCGCGCUGCAAAAGCUCGACCUGCUGGAAAUUGAUCCGGGAAACGAGGUCUUCCUGCGACACUGCUUCAACCUGACUGUGCGCGAGCGGUGCAUGGAGCGAGCUGGGCAGGACUGGAGCAUCGGUAGCCAGCAGCUCAAGGAGCUCGCGCGCGUCCAGCACGUACACGUCUGUACGCUUCAACACGUGGCCGGGCCCGAGAUGGUCCGCGCGGCGGCGGCGUCCCCGGACGGCCAAUGGCUGCCAGCUGGGCUGCGGAAGCUGCGCAUCAUCCACGCGCGCUCGUGCCUCGGCGGCCUCGUCGCCCUUGGCUCGCUCACAUCUCUCACGGACGUGCACCUCUGCGGCCGCGGCAAGCAGUUCGAACCCCUCGCAGCGAUGCCGCACGCCUCUGCCGCGACGCUGCUGUCCCUCCCGGCCCUGCGGCGCCUCGCGUGCCUCGAGAUCCUCCUCCCCGUCUCCGCGCUCCCCAGCCCGGGCGCGGACGCCUCAAGCGCCGGCCUGCGCCUGCGCAGCCUCACCGUGGCUGGUCUCAUUUGGCCGCAGCACGGAGCAGGCGCGGACGCGGAUUCGGGUUUCACGGCCGACCGCGGCUCCGACGCAGCGUGGGAGCAGGUUCUCUUCGCCCUGUUCGCCGCAGCACCGCACCUGGCGUACCUUCAGGUGCAUGACUCAGGUGUCUGGACGUGCGACGCCGGAACGGGGGGGGGUCUGGGCCGCGGGCCCGAUGAGGCGGAGCCGCUGGCGUGCGCGCAGCCCCUGGGGAAGGUGACGCGGCGGCGUGGCGCGGGAAUGGGAAGCGCGGCUCUGUGCGUGUUGGCACACGCUCCCACGUUGCGGCGCAUCGACAUCGGGAGCGCGCACAUUGACGAGGGCGGCUUCUCGGCUCUGGCGGCCGGGGCACGGGCGCUGAAGGGCGUGAAUCUGCACAGCGCGACCAUGGAGACCACCCCGGCGGUGUGUGGCGCCGUGGCGCGCUUGGCCCCGCGGCUGCACACGCUGUGGAUCGACGCGACGCAGGAGCGCCGCGGCGCGCGUGCGUGGGCCGCGGGAACGCCGGGGCGCGGGGAGGGUGGCGCGUGGAAGCGGGAGCACCACGCGGAGUUAAGUGCGUUCAUGUCGGCCAUGAGUCAGCUCAAGAAGUCGAUCGCGCAGCUGCACGGGCGGGAGAACGCGUGCUUCAUGGUGCAGUGCCGGCGGCCGGAGCAGGAGCUCGACGGGUUCGAUGCGGACGGGGGGGGCGUGAGGGGGGGUCUCGGGGAGGAGUCGAGCGACGCCGCGUCCGACAGCGAGGACGACGUGGCCGGCGACGGGCACGCAGGCGGCGCGGCGUCGAGCGUGAGCGACGCGAGCGACAGUGCGUCGGAGAGCGAGGGCCUCAGCGGCGAACUGGGGGGCGGUCCCUGCGGGCUGUGGUGA